CACUUUAUCUUGUGAGCGCAUUCCGUAAGUGUAAGAACACGUGGGAUAACGAAGGCAAGCCCGUAUUCGAGUUCGAUUAGUAUCAAUAACAAUGGACCCAUAUGUCGAAGAGGCGAUGGACAAAGUUGCAGAAUUACAACAGCAAACGCAUUUUUGCAUCAAUAACUAUGCUUACCAUCAUAAAAACAACGAAUUUGAUGUUUUGCGACAAAAAGAGAAGCAACUCCGGGUUAGCGCAAUAUAUCUUAAUGAAUUUCUGGGAACGUUAAGUGAUUUUCAAAGAACUAUUUCCGAAAUGAACAACAAAUGUGAUGAGAUAGAUGUAAUUUUAUCAAAUUUAGAAAAAAGUGAUGGUGAGAGCGGUACCGAUAAUAAUAAGGAAAAUAUAUUUGUAGAGAAAAAUAAAGUUAAUUAAAAAGGU